GCGUCAAGCGGCAGGCGGAAUCGCAGGAUACUUUUUCCACUCAUGUCAUGACCCAGGUUGACAAGCUGCACGCAGAGGGCGUGACAGGCAAAGGCUUCCUCAUCGCAAUCGUUGACAGCGGCGUUGACUAUACCCAUCCCGCCCUUGGCGGCUGUUUCGGGCCAGGCUGUUUGGUCGAAGUUGGGUACGAUUUCACGGGCGACAACUACACCCCUGGCACAAACGAACCAAAGCCAGACGACGAUCCCAUGGACGACUGCGUCGGACAUGGCACGCACGUUGCCGGCACUAUCGCCGCUCAGCUCAAGGGCAACACAUAUGGCUUUACGGGUUCUGCUCCUGGGGUAAGGCUGGGAGCAUACCGAAUGUGGGGCUGUACAGCUACGUCGAUAGACGAGAUCGAAGUCCUCGCAUUCGCUCGUGCCGUGGAAGAUGGAGCCAACAUCAUCUCGUACUCCAACGGCGAUGCCUCGGGUUGGGCACAGGAUGUACGUGCCGUCAUCAUUUCCCGCAUUGUCGAUUCCGGUAUCCCCGUUGUGGUAUCUGCAGGCAACAGUGGUGGGCUGGGUAUAUUUUACGGCUCAACGCCAGCAACGGGAUUCAGCGCCACAGGCACGGGAGCGGUGUCCAAUACCAAAUUCCCCACGUUUCUCGAGCGAGGCUCCUACAAGACGAGCGCCAAUGCUACCGCCAACAGUACACGCGAGUUUGGUUUCUUGAGGGGUGUGCCAGAAUUCGCCGCCGGCGCGACACUCCCGCUUUGGUCUGCUGCCAAUGCCGACGACGCCUGCAAACCGCUGCCCGAUGAUACACCAGAUCUGAGCCAGCGCAUCGUCCUUUUGGAAUUCAAGGAUCCACGCGCAACCCAAUGUUACCCGCAAGACCAAGGUGCUAAUAUCGCUGCAAAGGGCGGGCGCUUCAUGGCGUACUAUGAGCGCACCAAUCUGACGAUGCGAGACGACCCAUAUUUAUACGCUGAUGGCAUCGAGGGCGUUAUCAGGGUCCCCUCGUAUGCUGCUGAAGAUUGGCUUUCCUUGAUUUCGCAGGGUGCUACCGUCUCCGUGACUAUCCCGUCCAACGGGUCCCAGACACACCUCGAGGAGCUUGAAAACAAUGAGGAUGGUGGGUACGUCUCAGAUACUCUGACAAGCUGGGGCCCGACCUGGGAACUCAGCAUGAAUCCAGAGGUUGUAGCGCCCGGAGAGAACAUUCUGAGCACAUUUCCGACGGCCAUGGGUAGCUAUCGUGUCAUGACUGGCACCAGCAUGUCAGCUCCUCUGGUCGCAGGCGUCUACGCACUGCUCGGUGAGGUAUACGGCAAGCUGGAACCGAAACGCCUUCGCAGACUUCUGAUGCACACCUCAAAGCCACUGGCCUGGUACCAUGACAAAACUAUCGAUCCCGAUAUCCUUGCUCCUGUCCCACAACAAGGCGCUGGCCUUGUGCAAGCCUGGAGUGCUGCACGCACUACCCUCGAGAUCAACAUCGACAGCAUUACACUCAACGAUACCGAACACUUCGUUGGCACUCACACCUUCAGCGUCAUCAACACUGGCACUGCAGACGAGGUGCUUGAGUUGAGCCAUCGCAAAGCUGUCACCAUUAGCACAAUCGAUCCAAAAAAUUUCCUCUUCAGUCCAGGCUUGAUUUCCAAUUCCAUUGUGAAUGCAUGGGCCACUGUUUCCUUCUCGUCCAACCGCAUCACCGUUCCCGCUGGCCAAUCCGUCAAUGUGACCGUCGACAUCACGCCGCCUGGGGGUGUCAACGCGACUUUACUGCCCGUCUACAGCGGCUUCAUCGCCAUAGGCAAGCAACUUAACCUACCAUACCUCGGUGUCGUAGGCAGUAUGCGCAGUGUGACUGUUCUCUCGUCUAGAGCCGCGUACCUCGCACAAGGAUAUGGAGAGGCACCUGCAAAUGCCUCUUACACCAUCCCACGCCCUGAUCCCCAGAACCCGCCCUGGACCGACCGAGGUGACAUCUACAACAUGCCUAAUGUGUACAUGUAUCCUUCGGUUGGCUCGCGUUUGCUACGUGUGGAUGUGCUGCAAGGCAACAAGACACUCGGACCGUUGGCUGGGUUCCCGCUAACUUACAUCCCGAGGGGUGAGGUGCGCGCAUACUUUAACGGGUUGAUGGCUGACGGGAGAGUGCUGGAGGAAGGAACUUACCGCAUGAGAGUUAUGGCGCUGCAUAUUUUUGGCAAUGAGGAUAAUGAGGGGGAUUGGGAUACCGUUGAGACGAGUAGCUUUACGUUCAAGUACACAGCCUAGACCAAGCUGUUUUGUACAAAGGCUUUAAUUGUUCGACAGGCUUUAGUUUGAUUGCCGUAUCAUAUUUAGCUACUAAAACUUAUUACUAAUGUAUCAAUUACUAUAACG